AUGGCAGUAUUUUCAAAAAUCGGCCCCUUGCUGGCCCUGGCCGGUAGCCUGCCCGUGAGUGCCAGUAUCAACUUCAGCGGCUUCGCAGGCUAUGGCGAAGCCUUUUCCGGGCGUGUGGGUCCGUUCGAUUCCAACUCGACCGCGUUCCUCGAUGCCGUCGCGGCCUCCAACUCCACGGGCCUCUUCAAAAUCCCUGGGUACGAUGUCUCCAAGCCAUUCCCAGGCAAACCUAUCGACGGCUGGACCAUUCGCCUCGCGGCCAUCGACCUCUCCGAGCCAUACAAAUACGCCGGGGAUCCCUCCAACCCACUCUCCCAGUACGACCCAAACUUCGCCAUUCGGGGCCAGCCCAUGAUAGGUCACAGCCUCAAGAUCCAAGCCCCUGACAGCCUCCUGGAGCCAAACCCGGCCGACAACGGCAAAACAAAAAUUGUCAAGACCGACCCCAGCUGGGGCAUGUGUCUCUGGGCCUUCGGCCACCCCAACCAGCUCAGCAAAGAACUCUACAACAACCCCACCCAAAAACCGCUCGCUGCCGACGGUUCCUGCAAGGGGUUUCUUUCCGACGCGUGCAUCGCUGCGCUCGAGAAAGACGCAGGCGACAGCUACUCCAUCGCCGACUCGGCCGAGUCAACCCGCGGGUUGUUCGGCGGGCUGACGACCUGCUCAAGUUUGUCGUUGUAUAACUCAACCAAGGACCUGCAGGAGUAUUGGGACUCGAUGGUGGUGAAUUACUGGGUGUUUGUUACCGCGUUGGUCAAUGCGACUUUGGACCCUGAGGCGUACGUGAGUGAUCGGGGUGAGGCGCUGUCGAGGGUGCAUUGUGUUGCGCCGAAUGGGGUUGGGACGGGGAAGGCGUUUACAUUCUCGGGGGAGGUGAAAGCCUCGGAUGGGGGUGAUAACACCGGGGGUGGUGGUGGUAGUGCUGGGGGUGGUGAUCAGAAUUCGACGGAAGCUUGGAAGCCGAGUGGGUUGAUUGUAACGUUCUUUACUAUGUUGCCGGUUUUUAUUCUUGCGUUCGCUUAG